GUCGCUGGAGUGCGAUGAGAAAAAGAUCCUCUCCAUACGUCGGUCAGGUGGUGCAGUCGUAACGUGAUUUUUCUUAAAAGAUAGUUGGAGUUAGUCUGGGUCGGACCAAUCAACUUUCCAUCAAAACAUUCCAGGCCAAAUGGGCUUUAUAUCAGUAUUCCUGCCAUUCAAAUGCUUUAUGCGUUGUGUUUGUGUAUAUGCCUUCUGCACAGCUCAACCUUCAGUGCCAAGCUACACUCUUGCAGUCCGAAUCAGUAUUUUAAAAACAUGGCUAUGAUCUUUUAAUAGUUGUCUGUUGAAGGAAUGAGUGUUUUUUUCUUUUCUGCCCUCAGUCCCUUUCAUGCAGGUCUUAAAAUUGUUUACCUAAAUCUACCACGUUAACGCUCAACAACACAUCUUAUGGAUUUAAAUCCUUGAUGCACUUGUAUCCCUUAUGCUGGAAUUCAAAUGUGGCUGAAAGUUCUGAUCACAAAGUUGUUCCAAAAUUGUUCAUUUAUUUCCGUCCUCUAGAGUUUACACAAAGAUAUCCUAUCAAACUUAGUGAUCUCAAACUUAAUCGUCCCAUGUCUUAUCCUUCACAUUGAUGGCAUUUGGACUAUUUUGGGGAAACAAUGCUUGUGUUUGAAUUUAUAUCUCAGGAUUCAGAUAAAAUUACGAGUCAUUCCAGAUUUGUCAGUCUAUAUAAUUUGAGAUAUUGUUUUUUCAAGGGGUUUAACUAAGGGGUAUAUAAUUAAAAUGUUAUUUUAUACUUAACAGUCAUUUAAAUACUUAAUUUUCCAAAAUGUAUGUCUAAAAAUCUUAAACUGUUUUGCACCUUCAUCUGUACUUGAGUAAAGACAACAUGGUGUGUUUGGUUGGGAGAAUAUUUAACAUUGGCAUCCAAUUCAAAAACUACAUCGGAGUAUUCCUAUGAAGGACCUGGUUAUCUGACUAUUUAAUGAUAAGUAUUCUAAAUCUGUGUAUUAAGAUUAUUCUGCCUUGCCUUGUUUAAGUAAUGUUCUUGAUUUUAAACAGUGAUUUACAUUUGGAUUAUUAGGUGCAAAAAGGGAUGUAAUUUCCCCCGACUAAAACCUGCAGUACAUGCUUAAUGCUGGAAUUCCCUUUUGGAUGUAUUUGCAUUUGUUGUCCUCAGUGUGGCAGUAUAACAUGUGCCUGUCCAUUGUUUACACUAGUUCAGUUUAUCCACAGGUUGAUUUUACUUCAUUAUACAGUAUUGAUUAGAUGUUUGUGAAGUCACUCUGUCACCACGGUGGCUUGUAAUCUAUGAGGAAGUGUUCAGGAGUGUGGCAACAUCUUUCUGUCUUCCGCAUCCAGGUACUUACAGAAGACUGUUUACUCUUUAGCACUGUGACCAUAUUCUCUAUUACACUUGUUUUACAAUUUGUACUGUUAAAUAUUCCGAUAUGAACCAAUGACUUGCUUAGAAUGAAACCACAUUUAUUUUAAUCUGUUUAAAUCUACAAGAGGGGAAUAUGUUUUCUUUCACUUAGCCCCUUCUCUUGUGUUCUGAUUUAUUGUUUACGGUUUGUUAUAACUUUUUAAUAAUGUUGUCAUUUCCUUUAUUUUUAUAUUAUUUGACUCUACUUGCUGUUACCAUGUUUUAUAUUUGCUGUUAGUUACAUAAUAUCUGUUCUGAUAUUGUCAGCCUUGGCACCAUGCCUACAUGUUUCUCUUGAACCACCUGAACUUGUGAACAAAUUACAUACUUGUGGUUGUUUUAAUGAUGGAAAUGUGAAUGAAAAAUAUCUCUAAGAAGAGAUUUAAUUAGCUUGUCGUCAUGGGAGCAGGUCUUUCAUGAGACUUAGAUCAGUUUAAGAUGGAAAGAUUUCUGAGGUCCUUUCAUUUUGUCAGAGGGCUCAUACAGGUAAUGCUCAUAUUUUUAAUACAUAUAUGUUCUAAGCAUAUUUUGCAUGCAUUUUCUUGUUUUCUGUCAGUUUCAUAUUCACAUUGAAUAAGCUAUGUUUAAUUAUAUUCUUUAAUUUCUCUCUUUUGCUUUUCCCAGCAAUGUAUUGCACACAUUAAGGACAAGAUUACUUCAGAAUAUUAUAGGGCACUUCACUUUUUCUUCUUUUUAAAUCUGGUCUCUUUUUGAUUGUUAAUUUGUAGCAUUUAAUGACACACUUUUAUGUUACAUCAUUGAGUAUAUGCCACUGUAUGUUUUUGGAAAACCAGUAAAAAGACACAUUCAACAAACAACAGCUGACUGAGUGUGAUCUGACUCAUCUGCAGGUGUUCAUAAGAAGUCAAAAGAAACCGCUCGCUGCAGUAAUCCUCAAUUCCUUAAGUGUUGUUCCAGAAUAAAUGCCAGAGGUGGUCAUCUUUAUUGAUAGCCUGUCUCCCUCAUGCAUGCAGUUUCAUAAUAGCGCCAUCAGGGGGAGGGACUUCUGCAGACACAAACGCCUGAUGGUGCUGCCAUCAGUGACACAACAGAGAGCAAAGCAGCAGUUUGGUGCCUGAGCGACAGCCGAGAGGAGAACCGGUGCAAGCCGAUCGGCAGCUCUGCGUCUGACAGAAGCUCCGACACAAGGGUUGGACCCGAGGGGAAAGGGAACGAGCUGGAUAGACGAGCUUCAGUGUACACAUCAAGAAGAUAAACUACACUAAUGAAGACACCUGGCAUGGCGGUAUUCAAGCAGCAGCAUGUGGAUGAUUUCUAUGAAAUUGGAGAAGAUCUAGGAAGUGGGCAGUUUGCAAUUGUCAAACGUUGUAUAGAAAGAAGUACAGGCAUCGAAUAUGCAGCCAAGUUCAUCAAGAAGCGCCAGAGUCGGGCCAGUAGACGCGGCGUAAAAAGAGAUGCGAUUGAGAGGGAAGUGGACAUCCUGCAGCAGCUCCAGCACAACAACAUUGUCGCACUACACGAUGUGUUCGAGAACCGCACAGAUGUGGUGCUCAUCCUCGAACUGGUGUCUGGAGGAGAGCUGUUUGAUUUCUUAGCUCAAAAAGAGUCUCUCAGUGAAGAGGAGGCUACUCGGUUUAUCAGACAGAUCCUCGAUGGAGUCGAGUACCUCCACUCCAAGAGGAUCGUUCAUUUUGAUCUAAAGCCUGAAAACAUAAUGCUGCUGGACAGGAAUGUUCCUCUACCCCGCAUCAAACUCAUAGACUUUGGACUGGCACACAAAAUUGAAGCUGGGACAGAUUUCAAAGACAUUUUUGGAACCCCUGAGUUUGUUGCUCCAGAGAUAGUCAACUAUGAGCCACUGGGAUUGGAGGCAGACAUGUGGAGUAUUGGAGUCAUCACAUAUAUACUUUUGAGCGGCGCGUCGCCUUUCCUCGGCGACUCGAAGCAGGAGACGCUGGGAAACAUUUCGGCGUUGGACUACGAUUUUGACGAAGAGCUCUUCAGCAAUACAAGCGAGCUGGCCAAGAGCUUCAUCAGACAGCUCCUGGUGAAGGACACAAGAAAACGGAUGACCAUACAAGAGGCCCUCAACCAUCACUGGAUUACGUCCUGGGACCACAUAGAAGAGGAAAUCGCUGCCCGUGAGGCUGAGAAGAAAGCGGAGCAGCUGAAGACGAAGCGUCUAAAAGAGUACACCAUUCAGUCCCACUCCAGCAUGCCCCAGAACAACACGUAUGCCAACUUUGAGCGUUUUGCCCAUGUGGUGGAGGACGUGAGUCUGAUGGAGAGGGGGCUGUCCGAGGUGGCAGUAGCCCACCACACUCUGCAGGGUGAUAUCGAAGCGCUGCUCUCCAUCUACAAUGACAAGGAGAGCUGGUACAAGGAGGAGAGUGAGACUGCGAGGAAGCAUCUGUCCCAGGUCCGCUUCGAGUUUUGUAAAGUGGAGGCCACGAGGAGGCUGCUGCAGGAGGACUUGAAGUCUAUAGAUGCCAAUCUGGAGAGCAUCAGUGUGAAGUAUAGCCAUAGGCAGAGUCAGCUGGACGCUCUGAGGCAGGAGCUGAACUCUGAGCUCCAGUGGCUGCAGGAGGUGAUGGGCUCUCUGCAUCCGGACGGCGCCGACAGCAGCAGUAUGAAUACGGACGUGAGGCAUGCGAUGAAGGAGCUGCUGCAUCGGUCCUGCAGGAGGGAACUGAGCCCUGAGGCCAAACAGCCACUCACAGAGUCUGGCUAACAUACACAAAUGAAGAUACUCUUCAAUUGACCUUAAAAAUGCGGCAUUUAAAAAAUAAAAAAAAUAAUGCUGUUUGAAUUCUCAUAUUUUUUUUCAGCAGCACAAACUGAAUGUUUAUCCGUCACUUUACAUUUGUUUAUUUUUCUCAAUUUAAUGUUUUGUGUGACCUCAUUUUCAGUUAAAGUAAUAGUAGGAAUAGGAAUUUGAGGAAGUAAACUUAUUUGCUUUCUUGCUAAGGGAUCAGAAGAUGGAUAUCACUUUCACAUCUGUAGGGUAAAUAUGAAGAUAUGAGUGUCAUCAAACUCUUGGUAAGAGAUCAAAUAAGCAUAUUUCCCAAACUGUCUAACUAUUACUUUUAGAUAGCAAGAUUAUAGCCGGAAUUAUUCUAAAAUGUAAUUGAUACUAACGGAUAAUUAUGCUCUUGUUUGAUGAGAGGAUUUCUUAGCUUUUUAAUUUGAAUAAUUUAUCUUGUACAUGAAUAUCAGUUAUGGAUGGUUUUACUCUUUUCAAUGUGAUGCAUCAUAAUUUCACAUGUUUUUAUUUAUUUAUUUUUUCAUUCCAUAAUUUUGUUUUUAUUUUAUUGACUGUAUAUAUUGAAAAAAACGUUAUGUCCAUUUGUAAAGUUACAUGUGUAGUCUUUUUUUCCCUAUUAUCUAUGAUCUACUUUUCAGAGAUUAAAAUGUGCACUUUUAGAAUAAGACUACAUUUAUUUAAGUAAAGGUAACAAAAUAAAUAUUUAACUAUUUUCUUUCUUUCUUUUGAGAUGUUUUAUGAGACAUCAGGAACAACAACAAUAACAUCGAUAAUAAGACCACAUGUGUUUCAAAAGGAUAUCAUCUCUUUGUCAGUGUUUUUAGCAUCACAACAGAUAUCCCUGUGCACGGCUCACACUUUGGGCCUUUGAUGUACUCACUGACAUUAUCCACUGUCUUAACACUGAAAUAAAUGUUCUUUAUAUA